UUGCUUCAUUGCCAUUUUGCAGAACGCCUGCUCAUUUAUGAUGGAGUAGGUUCGUUGUUGUCCGUGUUGAAGCGGCGAAAAUGGGCGGUUUCUUUGGCCGCUGAUAGAGAAUUUAUCGCAAAAGGAACCAGCCUCUUUUCAAUCGAAAUUACCCUCAGCACUGAUGGUCUCAGUCAUGUUGAGGAAGUAAUCAGCUUGGUAUUCAACUACAUUGGGUUGCUUCGACGUAGUGGAGUGGUCGCCUGGUUCCAUGAAGAACUUCGGAAAAUAAGCGAAAUUGAAUUUCGCUUCAUGGAGAAAGACGAUCCAAUACAUGCUGCAGAAACACUUUCCUCUGCUUUGCAACGAAUUCCUUUCCAAGACGUCCUUUCGUGUAACGUUCUGAUGGAGUGCAAACCUGCUCGGAUUAUGGAAGUUUUCAAGAUGUUGUACCCGAAGAACAUGUUCUACAUUGUCAGUGCCAGGAAGUUCAGCGGUCAAAAAGGCAAUAUUCAUGAACCGAUCUGUGGAAUAGAAAUGCGAAUCGUAGAUAUAGAUGAGGCAACGAUGAAACGGUUUGAAUCCGCUCUAGAAGCGGUGAAUCCUGCUAUGCGCUUCCCAUCGAGGAACAACUAUAUCGCGACAAAAUUCGACCUCAAACCACGAGAAACAAUGAUACGGUAA